AUGGAGGUACUGGCAGGAGAGUUUGGAGACAUGACUCCUCAGGAGUUGGCGGCUCCUGUCAGCACUGUAGCGGAAAAAUGGAAACUACUACCAGCAUUUCUAAAGGUGAAAGGUCUGGUCAAGCAGCACAUCGACUCUUUCAACUACUUUAUCAACGUGGAGAUAAAGAAAAUAAUGAAAGCGAAUGAGAAAAUCACCAGUGAUGCUGAUCCCAUGUGGUACCUGAAGUACCUCAACAUAUAUGUUGGUAUGCCUGAUGUGGAAGAAAGUUUCAACGUCACAAGACCAGUUUCACCACAUGAGUGUCGUCUCAGAGACAUGACCUACUCGGCGCCCAUCACUGUGGACAUUGAGUACACGCGUGGCAGUCAGAGGAUCAUCAGAAAUGCUCUACCCAUUGGAAGGAUGCCAAUCAUGCUGCGAAGUUCAAAUUGUGUGCUCACAGGAAAGACGCCCAUGGAAUUCGCAAAACUUAACGAAUGUCCGCUGGAUCCAGGGGGUUAUUUUAUUGUGAAAGGCCAAGAGAAGGUCAUUCUGAUCCAGGAGCAGCUGUCUAAGAAUCGAAUUAUUGUGGAGCAGGACAGGAAGGGUGCAGUUGGAGCCUCGGUCACCAGCUCCACCCAUGAGAAGAAAAGCAGAACGAACAUCACUGUAAAACAGGGCCGGUUCUACCUCAAACACAACACACUGUCAGAGGACGCUCCCAUCGCUAUCAUAUUCAAGGGUAUGGGUGUAGAAAGUGACCAGGAGAUCGUGCAAAUGAUUGGUACGGAGGAGCAUGUAAUGGCCAGCUUUGCUCCGAGCCUGGAGGAGUGUCAGAAAGCCCAGAUCUUCACACAGACUCAGGCUCUCAGGUAUCUGGGGAACAAAGUGCGGAGGCAGCGCAUGUGGGGAGGCCCUAAGAAAACCAAGAUGGAAGAGGCCAGAGAGUUACUGGCAUCGCUUAUCCUCACGCAUGUACCUGUGAAGGAGUUUAACUUCCGAGCUAAGUGUAUUUACCUGGCUGUGAUGGUGCGAAGGGUGAUUCUGGCCCAGGGGGGCAACAAGGUGGAUGACAGGGAUUACUACGGCAACAAGCGUCUGGAGUUGGCAGGACAGCUGCUGUCGCUGCUGUUUGAAGAUCUGUUCAAGAAGUUCAACUCAGAGCUAAAGAAAAUCGCUGACCAGAUCAUUCCCAAGCAGAGGGCAGCUCAGUUUGACGUGGUCAAGCACAUGCGGCAGGAUCAAAUCACCAAUGGCAUGGUCAAUGCCAUUUCCACAGGCAACUGGUCUUUGAAGAGAUUUAAGAUGGACCGCCAAGGUGUCACCCAGGUCCUGUCUCGUCUGUCCUUCAUCUCUGCUUUAGGCAUGAUGACCAGAAUCUCCUCCCAGUUUGAGAAAACCAGGAAAGUCAGUGGACCGCGGUCCCUGCAGCCCUCUCAGUGGGGCAUGUUGUGUCCAUCUGACACUCCGGAGGGGGAGGCCUGUGGUCUGGUGAAGAACUUGGCUCUGAUGACACACAUCACCACCGACAUGGAGGAUGGCCCCAUCAUCAAACUGGCCUUUAACCUCGGUGUAGAAGACGUCAACUUGCUGUGCGGCGAAGAGCUCUUCUACCCGAGUGUCUUCCUGGUCUUCCUCAACGGAAACAUUCUGGGCGUAAUCAGAGAUCAUUACAAACUGGUCAGCACCUUCAGACUGAUGCGUCGGGCGGGAUUCAUCAACGAGUUUGUGUCCAUCUCCACCAACCUGACUGACCGCUGUGUCUACAUCUCCUCUGAUGGAGGACGUCUCUGCAGGCCGUACGUUAUAGUAAAGAAGGGGCAGCCGAUGGUGAAAAACAAACAUAUUGAAGAUCUGUCACAGGGAUACAGAACCUUUGAGGAUUUCCUGCAUGAAGGCCUGGUGGAGUACCUGGAUGUCAAUGAGGAGAAUGACUGUCAAAUUGCUCUUUAUGAAUAUAUGAUUACCAAAGACACGACCCACUUGGAGAUUGAGCCCUUCACGUUGCUUGGAGUGUGUGCUGGCCUCAUACCCUACCCCCACCACAACCAGUCACCCAGAAACACAUACCAGUGUGCUAUGGGCAAGCAAGCCAUGGGGACCAUCGGCUACAACCAGAGGAACCGUAUCGACACUCUGAUGUACCUGCUGGCGUACCCUCAGAGGCCAAUGGUCAAAACAAAAACUAUUGAACUUAUUGACUUUGAGAAACUCCCUGCAGGCCAGAAUGCCACUGUGGCCGUCAUGAGUUACAGCGGCUAUGACAUUGAGGACGCUCUGGUCCUCAACAAAGCCUCACUGGACAGAGGUUUUGGUCGAUGUCUGGUUUAUAAAAAUACCAAAUGUGUUCUGCGACGUUACACCAACCAGACCUUUGACAAGGUGAUGGGACCAAUGCUUGACGCUACAACACGAAAGCCUGUUUGGAGACACAACAUCCUGGAUGCUGAUGGGAUCUGCUCCCCCGGAGAGAGAGUGGAGAACAAACAGGUGCUGAUAAACAAGUCCAUGCCAACUGUCACUCAGACACCACUGGAGGGCAGUACCCAGCCAGGACAGCCACAGUACAGAGACGUGCCCAUCAGCUAUAAAGGCUCGACAGACUCGUACAUCGAAAAGGUCAUGAUCUCGUCCAAUGCUGAAGACGCUUUCCUAAUUAAGAUCCUCCUGAGGCAGACCAGGCGGCCGGAGAUAGGAGACAAAUUCAGCAGUCGUCAUGGACAAAAAGGUGUUUGUGGUCUUAUCGUCCCUCAGGAGGACAUGCCGUUCUGUGACUCGGGGAUCUGUCCUGAUAUCAUCAUGAACCCUCAUGGAUAUCCCUCCAGAAUGACGGUGGGGAAGCUGAUAGAACUGCUGGCAGGGAAGGCUGGGGUCCUGGACGGGCGAUUUCACUACGGUACGGCCUUCGGGGGCAGUAAGGUGAAGGACGUUUGCGAGGACCUCAUCCGAUACGGAUACAACUACCAAGGCAAAGACUACGUCACCUCUGGAAUCACAGGAGAACCACUGGAGGCCUACAUUUACUUUGGACCGGUUUAUUAUCAAAAACUGAAGCACAUGGUCCUCGACAAAAUGCACGCCAGAGCCCGAGGGCCCAGAGCCGUUCUCACCAGGCAGCCAACGGAGGGUCGCUCCAGAGACGGAGGUCUGCGUCUGGGUGAGAUGGAACGGGACUGUUUGAUUGGCUACGGAGCCAGUAUGCUGCUGCUGGAGCGACUCAUGAUCUCCAGCGACGCCUUCGAGGUGGACGUGUGUGGACAGUGUGGCCUGCUGGGAUACUCUGGAUGGUGUCACUACUGCAAGUCGUCGUGCCACGUCUCCUCCCUCCGUAUACCCUACGCCUGCAAACUGCUCUUCCAGGAACUGCAGUCCAUGAACAUCAUCCCCCGACUCAAACUGUCGCGCUACAACGAGUGAGUGGGAGAUGGACAGAGGCCGGACGUUUGUGAGUGAGAGGGUCACAGUAAAAAUCUGUGGUGAAAAUUAUUUUGAAAAAAAAAAAGUUAAAUUGUGAAUAAGUUAAGGAGAAAAACAGGCUGAAGCAAAAAGAAAAAAAAAAAAGAUCUAUUUCUGUUGUGUUUUCGUUUAUGUUUCAAAUUUCUCACUCAGUUGAUUUUGUAAGUAAUAAACACAGAACAAUGGUUUCAAACCGU